AUCAAAACAAACCACACGUGCACACGUGUCAUUUUGGUGUGCAGUUCAGUUUCACUCACCUUGCGUAUCGUGAAACGGCCUCGAGCAAAGUGCUGCGUGACUCUUUAGUAGGCAAGAAGCCUAGGAUCUACCUUCCUUGUGUUUAAUGCGAUCAAAUCGACGACACAAACGCCGGCUACAAUGCAACGCAGGCGACAGCGUGACAGUAUGGGCGUGAUGCUCCUCCUAAACCACGUAUUGUUUCAAGUGGGGAUAGAAGCCAUUCCACCCGUCACGCUUUUGAUUGUCCUUGCUCAAGCGUGCGUUUUCCUCCAGCUUUUCGAACUACCAUGGCGCGACCUCUCCGGCGCUUGCAUUAGUGUCAACGCUGUCCUUUUCAAGAAACAGUGGAUGCGCAUCUUCUACGGGGCCUUCGAACACGGUGACAGUCUACACCUUUAUUACAACAUGGUUUCCUUCAUUUGGAAGGGAAUGCUUCUCGAACCUGUCCUCGGGAGCGCGCAAUUCACUUACAUCAUCUUCCUCUUUACUGCACUUUGUGGUGUUGUGCUCGUGGGAUUAAACUAUCUGUUGGGCACGUUCAUCGACGGCUCGUUCUACUACCAGUGUGCUGUCGGCUUCUCCGGCGUCAUCUUCGCCCUCAAGGUACUUAACAAUUACUUUCCCGGACAAAGCCGGCGCGUUUUGGGCAUCAAUAUUGACUUGCCCUCGGGACAAGUUGUCUGGGUCGAGCUGGUGCUUAUUCAGCUUCUCACGCCGAAUGCCUCUUUCGUCGGCCACCUUGCUGGUAUCCUAGUCGGCCUCGCCUACGUCUACGGAGUCAUUACGCCCAUCUCCGACGUCGUCUGGAACCUCCUUGGGCAACAACCCGUGCGCCUCACGCGACCGCACCAUGGCCCCCACGACCGUCGGCGUGAACCUGGCCCGCUGGCUGCGAUGCCGUACGGGGCUAUCCUUGUGUCGGCGGUGCUCGUCACGUUGCAGACGGACAUCGUGCCGCACCACUGGAAGAAGCUGGUGAACGGUCCGUGUAUCACUUCUUCACUCGUGAUAGAUCAUCACCAGUGGAAGCUGUUGUUUCUCCCGGCAUUGCACUCCACGGAAAUUAUGCACCUGGUCUACACAGUGCUAUCGUUACUCGGCCUCGGCUUCUAUCUUGAACGCAGGAUGGGCGUCAUCCGCUUCCUAGGCGCAGUCUUGGGCCUCACGGUCAUCACUAACUUCGCUUUCUGCCUGAUGACGUAUUACAUCCUGCCGAACUACAAGGAGAUUGCCGGUGUGCAUGCCUUUGAAAUGCACUAUAAGUGCUUCCUAGGCUUGACUGCGACGCUGAUUGCAAUGAAGGGCCUCUACACCGUUUAUUACCCUAGGAGCAGAUACUUGUUUUUGUUCUUUUUGGUUCCAGUGCCCAAGAUAUUAGGCGCCGUUUUUGAAGUUGCACUACUUCAUUUUCUAUUGCCACAUGUGUGGAUAGUGGGUAAUGUAGUAGGUUUUUUCACUGGACUCUUGUUGGUAAUAUUAUCAGAAACUUUUUAGUAACUGCUGUGUGCUCGUUUCUUUUCUUUCUUUUUCUUUUUUUUUUUUUUGUCCUAGCAUUAUUGUACAUAUUUGUCACGGGGCCGUAUUCUGAAACGUUCCCCUAGGCGAAAUUUCUUUUUUCGCUUUCAGGCGCGCGCUGAUUGGCUGGUUGAGCAAAAAUGAACGACGUCGGGCUCAACCACCCAAUCAGCUCAUCCAAUUUUGCUAAAACAGCCAAUCAGCGCUCGCCUGAAAGCGAAAAAAGAAAUUUCGCCUAGUGGAACGUUUCAUAAUACGGCCCAUGUAGUUCCUCUUCAUGAACUUCAUGAAGCAGUGCGCAUUUUGUGAUGCUGGCAAUUAGUUUGUGCACUCAGUUCGAGGUCAUUGCCAUUCUUAAUGGAGGAUAUGUGGUACUAGCAACAUGCUCAAGUUUGUCAUCCAUUUAAGUAUUUGAUUGAAAUUACUUUGUGCUUCAUUGAAUGAAACUGACCAAGUUUUUAUACUUUUGACUGGCAUGCAAAAAUUUUCGGACUUGUAUGUUACAGAAUGAACAAGAUAUUGCAUUCAAUGCAUGUUUAAUAUGUGAUGCAUAUCACAUAUAUUGACAAGCAGGUCAUGCGUGACCACAACUGUACAUCACACUUUUUAUAUAUAAAUACUAGCUGUGACUUGCUUGUCUAAUAAAGACAUAGCAUUUGCAUUUCUGUCGCCUAAAUUGUGUCCUUAUUGAACUCUAUAUAUUAGAAAAACCCUGAUAGUAAAAAUAAAGCCAAGCUACACAGCUAGCAUGCUCUGCUGUAAUUUAUUCUCUGCGAAGAGGUGACUUAGUAGCACAGAGAAUAGCAUGAGAAGGCACUGUCAUUCUCAUGCAUUGUGAAAUUGAUCAUGCUGGUAGCCUUGCUGCAUGUGUACCUUUACCGCUCUCAACGGGCCAGUACUCGCGUCAAUGUAAAAGGAUGAUGCCUAAAUGUGGAGUGGCAGAUUUUCAACACCACAAAGUCACUAGAGAGUUUUGACAUGUUGCAUUUUACGGAACUCCGGAGACUAAUGCCCCUCCAGGCACGUUUCUGCUAACCUGGUGCCCCCCUGGCGGGAGGCAGUGGAUGGAGAAAAUGACAGCAUGAUGAUGAUUUUGUUGGCAUCCCCUUUGAAAGAUGGCACUGACAAAUGAUCACCUGGCCUGCUUGAGCUAAUAAGGCAUUAUAUAUACAUGCAUAGCAAUCCAGCAUUCUGUCUAUCUUUCCAUAAUAACCUCUAUCUCUAUAUUGCACAGUUACCUACGCCAGUAACGAAUUUGAUUAUGAUAUAUAAAUUUUUGCUUGCUUUAUUUACAGUUAUACUCUAAACAUGUCUUGCUUACACGUCAACUACUGACCAAUUAACUCUUUCCUUACUGCAGUAAUGUGCUCAUUUUCAGUGCUCCUAUGUUUUAUCGUUUUAUUUCAUGAUGUAUUAAUCGCAGCAUAUACCGUGAUACAUAAAAUUGUACCCUUAGUGUUGUCGUUUUUAAUGGAAUUGAAGCGUAAAUAAUUGCUCAGAGAGUUCUUGAGAAUUCUUAUGUGAAACUUCAAAGAAGCACCAGAAGAAGCAUGAAUUAAAGUAAUUAUUUGCUAUUUUUAGUAUAAGUAAUGGAAUAAAAAAAAUCUUAAAUAUACAAAAUAUGCACCUUGGUCCUAGUUCCCAACUUCUGUAAGUUAGACCUGUAGUUAGAAUAUUGUACAGAUUUGGUGGCGUGAAUUUUCGCCAUAGUGGUGCCCAUGCUAUGUGGGAGAGCCAUGACUUAGCAAGUGUGAAAACGAGUGUGAAAGUGCCUAUAGUGCAGGAAGCAUUUGUUUUGACUCAUGGCAACAACCACCUGGUUACCUUAAUGCAUUCUUUAGGCUCUCAAUAUAAUGGCUGUUAGGUUGGGGAGCAUGCGCAAGCCUUCUCAUAUGUGAUUAUUCUGUUCAAUAAGCUUUUCUGUGCAAGCAAAGAACAUAUGCUCAAAACACAGAUCAUAGACUCUCAAAGCAAAGAUGUAAAAGGGGUACUCGCACUAGAUCUAUCCAAGGCCUUCGAUACAACUACACAUGACUAUAUCCUUAAGGAGAUAUCGGCCUUGAACUUGGGAGUUAAAUUCUUCUCCUUCGUUGAAUCCUUCCUUGAGAGCAGGAUGGCGGUCAUAAAGUUGAGGCAAUCAGUGUCGGAGUCUUUCACACUCGGAAGAAGGGGUACUCCCCAAGGGGCAGUUAUCUCACCACUUCUGUUUAACAUAGCAAUGCGCAAAUUGUCGGAAAGCCUUGCAACAAUUCCUUAUGUUGGUCAUGCAUUAUAUGCUGACGACAUUACAAUCUUGUGUCCCGGAGGAUCGGAGGCGACGGUCGAACAAGCUCUACAGGAGGCUCUAGACGUUACAGAGUCUUUCCUGGACGGUACGGGACUGGCACUGUCGCCUGGAAAGUCGGAACUCCUGCUGUACAGACAGGCUAGACGAGGUGCUAGGCUAGACGUGAGGCCCCACUCGAUCAGGUGC